UGUUACUCCUCAGCCUCCAGAACUUCAGCUCCCAUGGCUGUGCAAAACGAUCAUGGAAUAAUAUAAACAGCUUAAAAAUUUGCCCCACAAGUUGUUCCAUAUUAAGCACACUAACUGUUCGGAUUGAGUGCUGGUGGCCUAUUUCAGCUCAAAAUUUUUAAAUUACACUGUAGGCAAAUCCAAGGAUGUUGUGAAGAUGAGAGAAGUUGGAGAGUUUCUCAGUGGUGCUCUAGCAGGGGCAAUGACUAAAGCUGUUCUUGCUCCUCUUGAGACCAUCAGGACAAGGAUGGUGGUUGGUGUUGGAUCCAAAAAUAUUUCUGGUAGUUUCAUUGAGAUCAUCGAACAACAAGGUUGGCAAGGAUUGUGGGCCAGCAAUGCAAUCAAUAUGCUCCGUAUAGUUCCUGCCCAGGCAAUCGAGCCUGGAACAUUUGAGUGCGUAAAGCGAGCAGUGACAUUAGCACAAGAGAAAUGGAGUAAAGAGGAAUGCCCAAAGGUGCAAAUUGAUCAUGUCGUUCUGAACUUUACUCUCAACUGGAUUUCUCCGAUUGCUGAGGCUGGUGCUGCUCAAGGAGUUUUUAGUACGCUUGUGUGCCAUCCUCUUGAAGUUUUGAAGGAUUGAUUGAUUGUGAGUCGUGACAUAUAUCAAGCAAUUUGGAUUGGUAUUAAAGUUGUUAUUAGCUUCUCCCCCAACACUUCCAGCCGACAAAGACAAGAAAUUGAAACUCUGCAGAAACCAAAUAACAGAUCAGUAUAUUGGGAAGGAGGAAACCAUCAUCAAUUGGCAAUAUCACGCCUACCUGCUUCUUCCGAGUGUUUGCUCGAGAUGCCUCAGUAUUCUGUUGCUGAUCUUGAUAAAGCCUCUUGUGCUGAAGAAUACCACUUCGAGCUUCACUUGAAUCUCUUCAGCA